AUGGCUCUUCCACAAAAAAAAUACUACCGGCAGCGUGCGCAUUCUAACCCUAUUGCUGAUCAUUGUUUUGAAUACCCCGCACAUCCAGAUGAAUACGAUUGGUCGGAACUAUAUCCUAUCAUUAAAAACAAUGAAGAUUAUAAAAAUAGCAAGGUGGAAUUUCUUGAUGUCGGCUGUGGUUAUGGAGGCCUUCUGGUUACACUGUCUCCCAUGUUUACAAGAAACCUUAUUUUGGGAUUAGAGAUUCGGGUAAAAGUCUCCGACUAUGUGAAUGAUAGAAUACAAGCUCUAAGAAAGCAAAGUGCAGAUGAAUUCCAGAAUAUUGCUGUGUUAAGAACAAAUGCAAUGAAAUACUUACCAAACUUCUUCCACAAAGGCCAGCUUAAAAAAAUGUUUUUCUUAUAUCCAGAUCCACACUUCAAGAAAGCAAAACACAAAUGGAGAAUUAUCAACAAGUGGUUACUCUCAGAGUAUGCUUAUGUUUUAGCUGAAAAGGCUAUUGUGUACACUAUAACUGAUGUAAAGGACCUACAUGAAUGGAUGGUUAACCAUUUCGAAGAUCAUCCACUAUUUGAAAGAAUACCAGAUGAUGAACUGAAAGAAGAUAAAAUUGUUGAUAAACUAUUUGAAAGUACUGAAGAAGGCCAAAAGGUAUCCAGAAAUAAUGGUGACAAAUUCCUUGCAGUAUUUCGAAGAGUCUGUGACAACAUUACUCUUAAUACAAAUUGA